GUAUCAGUGGCAUAGCAAGUGUUAUUAGCGUAUCAGUGGCAUAGCAAGUGUUAUUAGCGUAUCAGUGGCAUAGCAAGUGUUAUUAGCGUAUCAGUGGCAUAGCAAGUGUUAUUAGCGUAUCAGUGGCAUAGCAAGUGUUAUUAGCGUAUCAGUGGCAUAGCAAGUGUUAUUAGCGUAUCAGUGGCAUAGCAAGUGUUAUUAGCGUAUCAGUGGCAUAGCAAGUGUUAUUGGCGUAUCAGUGGCAUAGCAAGUGUUAUUAGCGUAUCAGUGGCAUAGCAAGUGUUAUUGGCGUCUGGGGCUAAAAUGAUAAAUAAAAGCACCUAAUUUUAAUAAAAAUCAGAAAAAGACAUGUUAUUUUAAAUUGAGACAAAAUAUAUGAAAUGGUAUUCUCAAUAGUUCAGUACAGCAUUCCACAAGGAUUAAUAGGUCUUCAUACAUCUUAUGGACAGAAAAUGUUAAGUGAAGCAAUGGUUGUUAACAAAAAUUAUGCAUUACAUGAGCUCAAGCAGAUACAUCCAACUUAUUGCGGACCAGCCUCACUUGCAUUUUUAAUAAAUGCAAUUCAUGCUAUGAGUUACUUAAACUUGACAAAAGAAUUAAUAAAUGAAAAUGAUAUUGUUUUCGGAAAACAAAAAGAUUUUUUUCAGCACAUCAACAUUAAUGAGACAGGAAUGACUAUAGCUAAUAUGUCAUCUCUUGCCAAAUUGCUUGGACUUAAUGUUCACUCAUACUAUACUAUUAAUCAAUUGAAACCAAAGAAGAAAGAUUAUGAUACAACAAAGUUAGACGCCAUGAUAAAAAGUAAAGAAGGUGAUAUAUCAUUAGUAAAGACUAAGAAAAAUGUACGAGAACUACUUAUAAAAAAUCUUAAAAAUCCAUCAUCUGGAGUAAUUGCAAAUUUUAAUACGAGUCUACUUGGUUAUAAAAUUAAGUAUGGUCACUUUAGUCCGAUUGCUGCAUACCACAAAAAUAAAGACAUGUUUUUAAUAAUGGAUGUUUGGCCAAUGACACCUCCAGCAUGGGUGAAGACAUCACGACUGUUUAAAGCUAUGGCAACUGUUGAUUCUGAUUCUAAUUUACCGCGUGGCUUUUUGAGUGUCAAAGUUCAAAUAAAAAACAAUCAUUUAAAUAAACCUUAAGUUAAUUUACAAAAAAAAAAUUUUUUUAGUUAUGUGUUUGUGAUAUCUUAUACUAUAGUAAAAUAAGCAGUUAUAGAUUAUUUGGAUAAAAGUGUUAGUUUGAACAUAUAUAAAUUUUUAUUUUUAAAUAUAGUUUUAAUGUAGAGAUUAAUAACAUUUAAAUGUAUAAAGUGGGUUUACGUUGUUAGUUAAUGUUGUUAUUUCAAUCUGUUAUUUCAGACUGUUUUCAUCAUUUAUCUUUA